AUGGAAAUUUCAGCAGGGAUGAUCUCAUCAACCAAAGGUUCACGAAUUGGUUCACUAGAGUCUCUAUUUUUAGCAGAAUAUCUAUGUGAAAAAGAAGCCCUAGUUCAAGAAGAUGAUGAAGGAGUAGAACUAGGUGUUGUGCACCCAAGACCAAAAUCCAUAUUUUUCGGGAAUCCAAUAACAGUAACCCUUACAGAUGAAUGCCCAGGAGCUUGCAAUAAUGAUCCGGUUCAUUUCGAUAUAAGUGGAAUUGCCUUUAAAAAAUUGGCGAAGUCUGGUGAAGCUUCACAAUUAUAUAAUGCAGGAAGAAUCUCGAUUUUUUACCAAAGGGUAGCAUGUAAUUACAACACAAAUAUCAUAUUUAAGGUGGAUAAAGGCUCUAAUCCUAAUUUCUUUGCAGUUACAUCUGAAGCAGUAAAUGGAGAUGGUGACCUUUCUUUAGUUGAAAUCCAAGCAAGCAAUUCGAGAUGGGUACCAAUGCAGCGAAUGAAUGGGGCAACUUGGAGUGUUGGCAUACAACCAGACAAACAGAAACCUCUUUUUUCCCUUAGACUUACUUCAGAAACAAAGCAGAGUGUCACUGCCUCGAAUGUCAUUCCAGACGGUUGGCAACCAGGAUCAAUUUACAAAUCAAAUGUUAAUUUUUCCAAUAACCUAUAG